UGUCAAUCCAAGUGUCUUUCCGAGUGUCGUUAUCAGUGUCCGUGCCGUCAUGUUGAUUCUUCUCAAAAGCGUGUGUACAUGUCGUUGGUGUCAGGAGGACCAACCUGCUCUUUGUGCGCAGUGAGCAAGCUCGAAAGGAAGGAAGGAAGAGAAGAGGGCGGGAGCCAGUUCGCAGCGUGCGUUUCUCCUCCAACUCCGAGCUGCAGUGUUCCCCUCAGCAUGCUUCUGCUCGCUUCGGAUGCACGAGAUGCCAUGCCGGAAUAACUGGACCACACAUGCUGAAGGUCUCCCGGGCGUGAUUUAAAAGUUGAUGAUUAAAUGAACUGAUAACCCAUCAGCUUCUGACCUCAUUGAUUCCACGACGUGGGACCAGUGCGAGCUGAAUGAAUCUCAUUAUUCUGAACAAACGGACAGCAUCAUAUCCAUGGAUUUGAUCAAGAAUUAUCAGCAAAGAUGAGCUAUGAAGAUGUGAAAAUCAAACCACAGGAGAACUUGUCGGCCGAGCACAGAAUUGGUUCUUCAGCCCGAUAGAAUGAACCCGACGCUGCUUUUUUCCUCAGAGCACUCAAAGUUCCAGACCCAUUGACUCCAACCGUGACAGUAUGACGCUCCCUAAACGCAGGAAGACGUUAGCUCUUCUGUUGUUUGCGCUAUUUUUCGCCUUGACAUUCACGACCUUCCUCUUCAGCUUCACCUUCCAAGAGCCUUCCAGCCACUUCUUCAAACACGCCUUCCACUUGGCGGUUUCCUCCAAGGGCCCGUGCGCCUGCAGGCAGUGCAUGACAGAGGCGGAGGGUGACACUUGGUUCUUGGACCGCUUCAACCAGUCCGUCCAUCCACUGAUGACCAGGGACAACAGUGCCCUCUCGGACGAAACAUUUAAAUGGUGGCAGUUGCUGCAGCCGGAGAAGCGUCCGGCCAACUUCAACGAGGUGGUGGAGGAGCUUUUCCAGGUCAUUCCUGACAACGUGCUUUACACCGACGCUGGGCCGGAACGCUGCCGGACCUGUGCUGUGGUGGGGAACUCUGGGAACCUCAAAGGGUCGCGGUAUGGCGGCCUUAUCGACUCCAAUCAGUUCGUUAUAAGAAUGAACCAAGCUCCCACAGCUGGGUUUGAAGAGGACGUGGGUGCCAGGACAACACAUCACUUGAUGUAUCCGGAAAGCGCUAUUGACCUGGACAAUGCCACCAUCCUGGUGCUCAUCCCCUUCAAGACUCUGGACCUGCAGUGGAUGAUUAGCGCCUUGACCACAGGCACCAUUAAAUACACUUAUGCUCCAGUUAUGUCCAAGAUUAAGGCAAAUAAGGAUAAGGUGCUUAUUUACAACCCGACUUUUUUCAAAUACGUGUACGAGUCUUGGCUGGAAGGACACGGACGCUAUCCGUCCACAGGCUUCCUCAGCUUGCUGUUCGCGAUCCACAUAUGCGAUGAGGUGAGUGUGUUUGGAUUCGGCGCAGACCAGUAUGGGAACUGGCACCACUACUGGGAGGAGAACCUUCUGAAUGACGCGUUCAGAUACACUGGAAUCCAUGAUGGGGAUUUUGAAUACAACAUCACAACACUUUUGGCAGAUAAACACAAAAUUCAAAUGUUUAAAGGGAGAUGAUGCCAGAAGAGACUGGACAUGCUUGCCAUUGGAUGAACUUCAAAUGAACCAGUGGAAAAUGGGAAGAGUGUUUUUCUAUUAUUAGCUUUUGAACAUAUUGUCACGAUAAAAGACUCUGUAAUGUGGCCAGCCAAAAACCCUGGCCAAUUUAUUAGGUACUCAUGCACAACUUAACUCAUUUGCUGCAAUUGACAGCGAUAUACAUCCAAUCCAUUUAAAUUGGGAGGGCUGCAGCUAAUGAAAUUCCCUUUCAACCAUAGGAGGAGAAUGAGGAUGGUGGGGGGCCUCCUCCAGUGACCGAUUAAUGUCAUUGCAUGUAAUGGACUUUCCUAUAAAUCAAUUAAAAGGGGAAGUUCAGAUUGGCAUGUUAAGCAGGCCCCAUUGACUCGCACUAGCUUAGCCACUCCAGAGCCCUGAAACUAACAAAUAACUGGCAAACUGCACAGAAUUUGUUGAAAUGAACUCCAUGGACAAAUUAAACCCCCGCUAACUCGAAGAUUAAGCCUCAGCCUAAACUUUCCCUUUAAAUUAAAGACCUAGCCAUUAAAAUGUCUUCUAUAAAAGUUGUAAAGCAAUAAAACAAGCAACAAAAAUGAAUGAAAUGAACAAGAAUCCUGCAAAGUAUUUCAAAACAGGUCAAAAUUCUUUUUUGACCAGAUCAUGUGAAUAGGACCUUAGAGCCAUAACUAUAUCUGAGGAGGCAAGAUGGACGUUUAGAAUAUCUAUAAAACUAAACUUUCAAAAAUUUCUACAACAACUUGGCUUGAAUCGAGGGUUGAACAUGAACAGUGUCAAGAUUUAAAUACAUGUAUGUACAGUGCCUUGCAAAAGUAUUCGGCCCCCUUGAACCUUGCAACCUUUUGCCACAUUUCAGGCU